AUGAGUUGUACCGAAUCUUACAUUGGUUCUUCUAGUCCACCCACCACUUAUCCACAUUAUGCUGACUGGUCAUCGUCCGGUGGUUACAUUUCCACCUCGGUAACACCUUAUCCACCAACCUCAUCAUAUGGUCAUCAAUUACCUCCACCAAGCACUUCACAUUGGAUUACAAAUGCUACAGCUAAUUAUGGUCAAAAUCAAUCGACAACUAAUGCUAAUCCUAUCCAACAAUCUCAUUCAACUACUUCUACCACUGCUACUACUGCUGCUACGGUUGCAGCUGCAGCUGCAGCUGCUACAAUUGCUGCAAGCACCGCAAAUACAUAUAAAUGGAUGCAUAUUAAACGUACCGUCACUAAAUCAUCAGUACCAAAACGACGUGUAGUAGAGGAUACGAAUGCGAUACGUACAAAUUUUACCACUCAUCAAUUAACAGAACUUGAAAAAGAAUAUUACACAUCGAAAUAUUUAAAUCGAACAAGGCGAGCCGAAAUCGCAUCAAUCCUACAACUAAAUGAAACUCAAGUAAAAAUAUGGUUUCAAAAUCGUCGAAUGAAAGAGAAAAAACGACAAAAAGAGCAAGCUUUCCUGGCACGUGGUGGUAUACCGUUGACACCAUGCAAAGCACCUCCACAACAGAGAACAAUUAAUAGGGAUGGUACCACCUGGUCCUCCGAAUCGUCUUCUGGUACUCCCAACGAUUCACCAAAACUAAUACCACCAUCUCUAUGA